CGCUCGCCCUGGCUUUUGUGUGAGCGGACGUAUGUGUGCAGCACCGUCCAGGAAAGAAAGAAUGUGUGUGUGAGACGGAGAAAGAGAGACACAGACUGCAAAGAGACAGACAGACAGACAAGAAAGGAGGACACGAGGAGAAGCAGACGAAAAUUGCAGACGUAUGCACGAACGGAGAAUGGAAGACAGUAUGACAGGUUUAGCUCCAGUGUGCAACUCUACAGCCACGCUGAACCACCACUGCACCGAUGACAGUAUUUCUGCGGCGAGCACAUCAGACGUGCAGGACCGCCUGUCAUCUCUGGAGCUGCGGGUGCAGCAGCAGGAAGAUGAGCUGAUGGUGAUGAAGGCCGCGCUGGCAGACGUGCUCAGACGUCUGGCUCAGUCGGAGGACUCCGCCGCCGCUGCCAAAAAACAGCAAAGCAGCAAAGGUCAGACCCCGCUGCGAGAGGCUUAUUCAAUGUCCUGUAUUGCCAAUGGCAGUUCCAGCAGCCGCAAAUCUCACAGAGAUAGUUCCACAGUGUCCAUAGCCAAGAAAGAGACGCUCUCCUCCGCCGCCAAGAGCAGGGGUAGCAGUGCGAAGCGUGGAGGAAUGGAGCGUUCUCAGAGUAGCACGUGGGACAGCGGAGAGGAGAGCAGGAAUAAGCUGGUGAAAGCAGCCUCCACCUCCAAACUGCUGUCCAAAGUGGUGAAGAAUGCAGAGAAACACAGAGAUCCAGUCAUCAGCCAAGCUAAAAUGUCAACCCGUGAAAAAAACAGUCAAGAGGGAGAAUAUAUUAAAAUGUUCAUGCGAGGACGACCCAUCACGAUGUUCAUCCCAUCGGACGUGGAGAAUUAUGACGAUGUCCGCACCGAACUUCCCCCAGAGAGACUCAAACUGGAGUGGGUAUAUGGCUACAGGGGACGUGACUGCCGUGCAAAUGUGUACUUGCUACCUACCGGGGAGAUCGUAUAUUUCAUCGCCUCGGUGGUUGUGCUCUUCAACUAUGAGGAGAGGACACAGCGGCACUAUUUAGGACACACUGACUGUGUCAAAUGUCUUGCUGUUCACCCGGAUAAGAUCCGUAUCGCCACAGGACAGAUCGCAGGCGUGGAUAAGGAUGGCAGGCCGCUUCAGCCUCACGUCAGAGUUUGGGACUCCGUCAGUCUGUCCACGCUGCAGAUCAUCGGCCUCGGCACCUUUGAGAGAGGAGUUGGAUCCCUCGCUUUCUCUAAAGCCGACUCAGGCAUUCAUCUCAGUGUGAUUGAUGACUCUAAUGAGCACAUGCUCACUGUGUGGGACUGGCAGAAGAAAUCAAAAAUCGCUGAGAUUAAGACAACCAAUGAAGUGGUCUUAGCGGUGGAGUUUCACCCGACUGACGCCAACACCAUUGUCACAUGUGGGAAAUCCCAUAUCUUCUUCUGGACCUGGAGUGGUUCCUCACUCACCCGCAAACAAGGCAUCUUUGGCAAAUAUGAGAAACCCAAAUUUGUACAGUGUUUGGCUUUUCUCAAUAAUGGAGACAUCCUGACCGGAGACUCAGGAGGAAUCAUGCUGAUAUGGACCCGCAGCACCGCUGAACCAGCACCGGGGAAAGGGCCGAAAGGAGCGUUUCAGAUCACGCGUCAGAUCAAGGCUCACGACGGCAGUGUCUUCACUCUGUGUCAGAUGAGGAACGGCACUCUGCUCACAGGGGGCGGCAAAGACCACAAGAUCAUUCUGUGGGACCACGACCUGAAUCCAGAGAGAGACAUCGAGGUCCCAGAUCAGUAUGGCACUAUUCGUGCAGUAGCUGAGGGUAAGGGCGAGCAGUUUCUGGUGGGCACUUCACGCAACUUCAUUCUGAGAGGCACCUUCAAUGAUGGAUUUCAGGUGGAAGUGCAGGGACACACGGAUGAGCUGUGGGGUCUGGCCGCCCACCCGUUCAAGGAGCUGUUCCUCACCUGUGCUCAGGACAGACAGGUGUGUCUGUGGAACUCAGUGGACCACACGCUGGAAUGGGCCAGACUGCUGGACGAGCACGGGCAUUGCGCAGAUUUCCAUCCUAGCGGUUCGGUUGUUGCCAUUGGUACGCACUCAGGGAAGUGGUAUGCUCUGGACGCAGAGACGCGAGACCUGGUGGCCAUUCACACAGACGGCAAUGAGCAGCUGUCAUUGAUGCGCUACUCUAUCGAUGGCACGCUGCUGGCAGUGGGAUCACAUGAUAACUUCAUUUACCUCUACACGGUGUCGGAUAAGGGACGCAAGUACAGCAGAUAUGGGAAAUGCACUGGACAUUCCAGCUACAUUACACAUCUUGACUGGUCUCCCGACAACAAGUUCAUCAUGUCCAACUCAGGAGACUACGAAAUCCUUUACUGGGACAUUCCAAACGGUUGCAAGUUGAUUCGUAACCGUUCUGAGUGCAAGGACAUCGACUGGGCCACAUAUACCUGUGUGCUAGGAUACCACGUCUUUGGUGUUUGGCCGGAGGGCUCAGAUGGGACAGAUAUCAAUGCACUUGUGCGAUCUCACAACAAGAAGGUGAUCGCUCUGGCUGAUGACUUCUGUAAAGUUCACCUGUUCCAAUACCCCUGCUCAAGACCGAAGGCCCCAAGCCACAAGUACAGCGCCCACAGCAGUCACGUGACAAAUGUGAGCUUCAUGCACAGCGACAGUCACCUGAUUUCAACGGGCGGCAAGGACAUGAGCAUCAUGCAGUGGCGUCUGGUGGAGAAGACCUCAUCCUUGGUGCACAGCGACUCCAGCCUGGGCCUGGGCGAUUCCCUGCUGCACAACUCCACCCCUCGCACCCUGCCAUCGGUACCCAGCGUUCCCCACACUCCUACUGAGCCCUUGCCGGUGCCAGCCUCGCUUCCCCUCAGCACCCAACCCGACACCAACACUCCCCCUCCCACUCCCCCCGAACCCCUGCACACGGUUACUUCUAAUGGACAGCAGGACGGCUCCCCUGAAACCCCGCCCCCUUCCGAUGAUGCCACGUCCCCAUCUGACAACACCCUGAGCCCCAAGGACAGCCUAGAGCCUAGCGACGAUACGGCCACACCCAGUGAUGAGGGCACAACCUUUAACCCUCCCUUAUAAGGCAGUCCGACCCCUUCCCUCGCCUGCUCGAUAGCCCGCCCAAAGGCACCAGCAUGUCACUGCAGCCUUCCUGUCGGAUUACAAAAGCAGGGUCUCCUCAGUUUUUAUCCUUUCAAUAUUUUCUUUUCGUUUCGUGUCUUAGUUCCGUUGUUAUGUUGACAUUCAGUAGAUGUGGUUGUGGAGGCAUUGGUUUGGGUUGGAUGGUGAGAGAUUUGGAAUGUGUAAUUAAAAACCUUUGGAAAGAUUUAGAACACCUACAAGUUUACACUGAGACACACACAACCACACAACCACUAAUACACACAUGCAUAGACACAUCAGUAACUGUGAUGAAUUUAAAAAAGAAGAAAACAAACGAUUUACCAGUUUUAGAUACAAACAACAUGUUCAUAUAAAUAGACAAACGAACAAAUACAACAUAAAAUAGACACAUGCUUUCAAUUAACUGUCAUUUGUCAUAUACAUCAAUAUAUUAAUUGAUUAAGGAUCAGCAACUAAGGGUGAAUUAAGUUGAAUUACUGAAACUUUUCCUCACUUUCCUCACCCAAAAAAAUGAA